UUCUUAUAAAAUAGAAAGGGAUGAAGACAAUGCUCCUUUAGUAUUUGAAUGCGAGAAAAAAGAAUGGGGUUCUUCAAAAUUUGCUCUUUUCUUUCUCGUCAAUAUACAUGCACUUUAAGCAAUAAAUAAAGAAGGAUAUUAUUAUGUUUUUCUUAUCCUCCAGCAUAUUUAGCUAAAACAAAAUUCAGUGUUUUUUGUUUUCGCUUGUAAUUUAUUACUUAGCCCAAUACCAGAAAAUGAUGCAGGAAAUAUUCAAAGUAAAAAAUAGAGCGCAAUUACCGGAAGGCAGAUUAUCGGCGGAUUUAGAGAGCGUAAGGAUGUGGAGCAUUUUUAUAUGAUCAUUCAUAGACCAUGCAAUAAUACAUAGUCGGUAAGCAUAGUAUUAGUUUAGUUUUAGUACCACUACAGGACUGGAACAGGAAUCUGUCUAUGUCGGUGUUCAUAUUCAUAGUUGAUCCCAACCUACUCUCUUUUUUUUCCCCCUAAUUCUACUUGUUUUGUUUGCUUUGCCCCAAAACCAAAUGUUUCCAUUCAUCUCCAAGGACAUAAAAUGAAAGAAGAUUGAAGUUGGGAAGAUGAAGAAGUUUUAAAAGAAGGUAAAUGUAAUUUUAGGAGGAGCAUUCAAGAAAAAUAACUACACUAGUUGGAAAGGAUUGCGGCUGCCUAAAGUAUUGCACGAGAGUCUACGGAUAAAAAAACAAUAAACAUAUGGAAAAGGUACAAGACAGGCAACGGUCUCUUGUGGCUGACUAAGCAGUGAAUGUCGCUCAACUGUAGCAUCUUGCCUUCAUUUCUGCUGUCAUUCAAAAAUGGGGUUUAUCAAAAUUCAUAGCUGAAAUCUCUAGCCAUUAUCACUCCCCUUGAAAGUGUUCCACCUUCAUCCUCAUUUUUAGGUUUUAGCUUUCUUUGCAAAGCUUUUCGAACUCCUACACUGAAUACAUUGUUUGUUUAUUUUUCUUUCUUUCCCUGGUUUUUAGAGUUAGCUGUAAUCUAGAAGAGGAGUGAAAAAGACAAAAGAGAGAAAUAAUGAAGCGAGUUCUGAUAUGGGUUUUGAGCUUGUGGAGUGUAGUUGGGAUUGGUUGGAGCCGAUCUGAAGAUGGGUUGCAAGAACUUAAAGCUAAAGACAGAUUACUCUCCUUCUUAGAGAAAGAUGCAGUAUCCCCUGGUGCCAACUCUCUCAUGAUUCCCCUUACUCUCAUUCAAGGAGCUGCUUCUAAAGGAGCUGUUUGUUUGGAUGGGACGCCUCCUGGUUAUCAUCUGGAUCGUGGGUUCGGCUCUGGUUCAAACAGCUGGCUCAUCCAAUUGGAGGGAGGUGGAUGGUGUAAUACCAUUCGAAGUUGUGUCUUCCGCAAAACUACUCGACGUGGUUCAUCAAAAUUUAUGGAGAAGCGACUAAAUUUUACUGGAAUAUUGAGCAAUAAAGCUGAAGAAAACCCUGAUUUCUAUAACUGGAACAGAGUGAAGCUACGUUACUGUGAUGGGGCAUCUUUUUCUGGGGAGGGCCAGAAUGAGGCUAACCAACUUUAUUUUAGAGGACAAAGGAUCUGGUCUACUGCUAUGGAGGAAUUAAUGGCCAAGGGAAUGCGGAAUGCCGAGCAGGCUCUUCUUUCUGGAUGCUCAGCUGGAGGUCUAGCUUCCAUUCUUCAUUGUGAUGAAUUUAAGGAUUUGUUUCUGAGCACUACAAAAGUAAAAUGUCUAAGUGAUGCAGGCUUGUUCCUUGAUGCAACCAAUAUGGCUGGUGGACAUACCUUAAGGGAUAUGUAUAGGGGUAUGGUUACCUUACAGGGUGUGCAAAAGAAUCUUCCAAAUACUUGUACCAGCCAAAUGGAUCCAACUUCGUGCUUCUUCCCUCAAAACUUGAUUGCAAAUAUCCAGACCCCUCUGUUCCUUCUCAAUGCAGCCUAUGAUGCAUGGCAGGUCCAAGAGAGUUUAAUUCCAUCAUCUGCUGAUCCUCACGGCUUCUGGCGUGACUGCAAAAUGGAUCAUUCUCAUUGUAACUCAUCACAAAUGCUGUUUCUGCAAGACUUCAGGAAUCAAAUGCUCAGUGCCAUAAAUAGUUUCUCAAUGUCCAACCAAAAUGGUUUAUUCAUAAAUUCUUGUUUUGCUCACUGCCAGUCAGAGAGACAGGACACAUGGUAUGCAAAUGAUUCCCCUCGUAUUGGAAACAAGGCAAUUGCAGCAUCUGUUGGAGACUGGUUCUUUGAUCGAACAGCUACUAAAGCUAUUGACUGUCCAUACCCCUGUGACAAUACUUGUCACAAUCUUAUCUUCAAGUGAGUGAGAACUUCUCGUUGAUUGCAUGUAAAGGCCUAUUGGCUCUCACUUCAUUCUUUUCCCAAUAGCCAUUUGUGGAAACUGUAACAUUCAUUCAUUUUGACAAUAAACUGAUAAACUAUGAGAUUUCUAGGGUAUGCAUAUCACUAUGAUUAGCAAUAUCCUCUCCUUUUUAUUUAUUUUAUUUCAAAAUCUAUCCUUUAAGCAAUAUAA